AUGGCUCGGUCGGACCAUUCAAAAAGUCGCUCAAGGGUCCUCCCGAGGUCAAAGUUAGGAUGCAGAACUUGCAAAAUUCGACGAGUCAAGUGCGGAGAAGAAAAGCCUAGCUGUGUUCGAUGUACCAGCACAGGUCGCAAGUGUGACUUUGCAGACACACAGUCCUCUUCUUCUUCUUCCCCAAACUCGGUCAUCACCAGCCCCUUAUCAUUAUCACCAAACACCAACACGGUGUGGCGAGAGCGUCGUGCAUUUGCUUACUAUUUUGAAUGUGCUGCCUCCUCCAUUGGUGGUGGAUUGGAUGUUGAUUUCUGGCGCACUGUUGUCCCCCAGGUUUGCCGCUAUGAACCUGCCGUGUGGGAUGCCAUCAUCACCAUUAGUGCGCUGUUUGAGCGUCCCCAAAAAUGCCUGGAUCCCGUGCCACAGCGCCAUGAUAACUCUGUUUCUUUUACUAAAAACCAUCAAGAUGCUUUGGGCUGGUACUCGCGCUCGGUAUCUGCUGUUCGCCAGCGCAUCGAGCAGGGUAGCGUAGACGCCUUUAUCGGACUGAUUAGUUGCAUGCUUUUCAUCUGCAUUGAGGCCAUCCAGGGAAAUGCAGACGGAGCAAUGCAGCUUUAUCAUCAAGGUGUCCAGCUCAUUGCCGCUUUGCGUCUCCAAAUAGCACCUGCGGCUACGAAUAAAGCUUCGUUGCUGGAGGAUACUAUUAUCCCGCUCUUCAUUCGGUUGGGAACAUUCGCUCUUGCCUCCGGUGGGGAUCCCGUGACCGCUUUACUAAAAGACGCUGAAGAUGCCUCGGGGGAGCAGUUUGACUCACUCAAGUCUGCUCGAGAGGCGAUCGUUCUCUUAACAAUAGACAUCCCAUCCUUUGAACGCACUUGCUACAAGCACCUAAACCAGGCGGAUGUCUCGCAUGUGCCCGAGGAAUUCUAUACUAGACGAUUCAGUUUAGCGGCCAGGUUGAGGAACUGGCGUACUGCCUUUGAGAAUUUGAUGACAGUUGGUCGCACUAAAGACAUUUUAUCGCUGCAACAGAUUGGUACUGGGGCCCUUCUGUUGAGUUAUCAUGAAAUGUUGUAUGUCAUGCUCGAGACCUGCACAUCAUUGUCAUUCAUGCAAUUCGACGCUUAUCUACCAAACUUUCAAACUAUCGUUGAACAAUCUGCCAUUGCACCUAAAGCCUCGGUGCGACCAGAUGGUACCCAACCACCGUUUACAUUUGACCUCAAUAUUGGUCUUCCGCUUUGGUUCACCAGUCUUCGAUGCCGCGAACCGCAUACCCGACGUAUGGCACUGGAUUUACUUCGUCAAGCACCCUCGGUGCAGGGGUUUUACCAGUGCUCAAUAUGGGCAGGCGUGGGCCAAAUAAUCAUGGAGCUAGAAGAAUCACACCCAAUGUCAAUGAAUGCAGUCCAUCCUACACCCAAUUUCGGCGCAUUGAAUUCAACAAACGGACCAAUUUCCAGCUCCGAAAUUGUCGUAAGUUCGUAUUCUGCUCAUGCGGAAAUGAGACCGAACAUACCACUAGCACUGCUUAUCCCAGAGGACGCACGUAUUGGACCCAUUGCUGCUUUUCGGCCAAUGGAUGGUUUCCCCCUGGAACCACAGAGGCAGAUAUCGUGA